CCAAAAUCUUGGUCGACGUCUGGCUCGCAUAUAAGCUCACGUUCUCUCCGUCGGACCCCUUGAUCCACUUCUUCUCUGGCCGCAGACGAUGGCCGCGACCAGCUUCCUUCAGAAGGCGCCCGCCUAUGAUCUGCCCACUCCGGAGCCCGAAUCCCCCUCUCUGACUCACUCCAGGCAGCCCUACCGCUUCUCGACACUCUGUGCCACCGUCGACUCUCCAGAUGCCGACCACAAGGACCAGCAUGGCAGCUCUAGCGUCCCCAUCUACCAGACCGCAACUUUCAAGGGUGUCGGAAACCAGUAUGAUUACACGCGCAGUGGGAACCCCACAAGGACGCACCUAGCCCUUGAUUCUGCGCGAUGGGCCGUCCAGAUGGUCUCAGAGCAUCACAUUGCGAAAAUCUCUUCCGCCGCCCAUGCCUUCGCGGUUUCGAGUGGCAUGGCUGCCCUCGAUGUUAUCACGCGCCUGCUCAAGCCCGGGUGUGAAGUCGUCGCAGGCGACGAUCUGUACGGCGGAACGAACCGUCUACUCACCUACCUCCGCGCGCACAUGGGCGUCACCGUACACCAUGUUGACACCACUGCCGCUGAGUCCGUGAUACCGGUCCUCAACCCCGGCAAGACGGCUAUGGUGCUCCUCGAGUCCCCAACCAACCCUCUUCUCAAAAUCGUGGACAUUGCGCGGAUCAGUGCGUUGGUGAAGGAGAAAUGCGAGGACGCGAUCGUCGUGGUCGACAACACCAUGAUGAGUCCCUAUCUGCAGAGGCCUUUGGAACAUGGGGCGGAUAUUGUUUAUGAUAGCGCAACCAAGUAUUUGAGUGGCCACCAUGAUCUCAUGGCCGGUGUUAUCACUUGCAACCGCGAUGACAUUGCUAAGGAAAUUGCUUUCGUGAUAAAUUCGGUCGGAAAUGCCCUCUCGCCGUUCGAUUCCUUCCUGCUGCUGAGGGGAACCAAGACGCUGGCCAUCCGUAUGGACCGUCAACAGUCCACUGCCAUGCUUGUUGCCCAAAUGCUGUCCAAGCUUGGAUUCGUCACUCACUACCCCGGCUUGCCGAACCACCCCGGAAAGGAGAUCCAUGACCGGAUUUCUGAAGGCUAUGGUGCUGUCCUUUCCUUUGAGACCGGCGAUAAAGAACUGAGCGAGCGUAUCGUCGCGGCCACUCACCUCUGGGGCAUAAGUGUUAGCUUUGGUUGCGUGAACAGUCUCAUCAGUAUGCCCUGUGUGAUGUCACACGCAUCCAUUGACCCCGCUACUCGCGCUGCUCGGGGUCUCCCCGAGGAUCUGAUCCGCCUGUGCGUCGGAAUCGAAGACCCUGCGGAUCUCUUGGAUGAUCUCCGCCACGCCCUGAUAGAUGCCGGUGCAAUCGCAUAUGCGGCAAACGACUAUGUUCGUAUUGCCGUUCCCAUUAGUCGGGCUGUUGAGAAGCUGGCGCUUGGCGAAGCCCGUACUGCUCGGCCGCGAGACGACCGGGAAUGGUUCGUCAGCGCUCCGGGCAAGGUCAUCCUGUUCGGGGAACAUGCUGUCGUUCAUGGAGUCACCGCCGUGGCGGCUUCCCUUGACUUGCGCUGCUAUGGCCUUACGUCGCCUCGACACGACGGCAGACUCUCAGUGCAUUUUGCAGACAUAGACGACUACAGGCAUGAAUGGGAUAUAGACGAGCUACCCUGGGACGCGGUCGUUCCCAUACCGAGGGGCUCAGAGCACCCUGAGGUGCUCGAUCAGCGGGUCAUCGAUGCAAUCAAGACGAGGGCUCUUCCUCCGGAGACGCCUCCCAAGAGCCAGUCUGCUGCUAUCGCCUUCCUAUACCUAUACAUGAUGAUGACCUCCGGGGCUGAUAGGCCAUCCUUCCACUUUGUCUGCCGCGCCACUCUCCCCAUCGGCGCGGGCCUCGGGUCUUCUGCGUCCUUCUCAGUCUGUGUUGCGAUUGCGCUCCUCAUCCUCCAUGGCCGUAUCGACCUACCCGCCGUCCCCCCGCCAACUCACAGAUCCGCCGCCCCGGGCGAGCCCGGCCACAUACACAUCCCGCACGGCGGCCGCCGCGCCAUCCCUCCCGAAAUUGCCGAGGAGACCAACCGCUGGGCGUUCGUCGCAGAGAAGGUCCUGCACGGGAACCCCUCCGGCGUCGACAACUCCGUCGCCGUCUACGGCGGCGCGCUCGCGUACGUCCGCCCCGGCUUCGGGAAACGCAGUGGCAUGGACCAGAUCCAGGGCUUCAAGAGCCUCAAGUUCCUGCUGGUCGACUCCAAGGUGCCGCGGGACACAAAGGCGCUCGUCGCUGGCGUCGCGCGGAAGAAGGCGGCGGAGCCCGAGACCGUGGGCAAGUUGCUCGACGCCAUCCAGGCGAUCAGCAACGAGGCGCGCCGCGCACUCGCGGACCCGGAUGUUCCCCGUGACGUUCUGCUCACCGGUCUCUCGUCACUGAUCGAUGAGAACCACGCUCAUCUUGUUCAGCUCGGUGUCUCCCAUCCCUCGCUCGAGGCUAUCCGCUUGAAGACUUCUUCCACACCUUAUGGCCUCAGCACUAAACUCACAGGCGCUGGUGGCGGCGGCUGCGCUGUCACCCUUGUCCCCGAUGAUUUCCAGGAUGAGAAGCUUCAGGCACUCAUCUCCUCCCUUCUCGCGGAUGGCUACCAGCCUUACGUGACCGCUGUCGGCGGUUCAGGGCUCGGUAUACUCUCCCCUUACGACGAAAUCGCGAUCGAAGAGGAUGAGGACUCACCGCCUCUCUCCCCGCCGGCUACUCCCGACCCGAACAGAGAGAACGGUGCGCACGGGCUCCCGACGACCAUUCGUAGGCGCUUCGAGAGCGUGUCGACUAUCGAGCUACCUCAAUGGGCUUCUGGACGCGGAAAGUGGCUGUACGUCUGAAUGAUUUUCGUGGUGUUUGGUCUAGUAUGUUGUAGGAGUGUAUCAUCGUGCGUGAAACGUCAGUGUCGC